AUGAUCUUCCGGUUAUUCCUAUAUCUCUCAUCAAUAACAACAAUAAUUUCGGCUUUUGGUUGCCAUAAAGCAAGCGGAAUCGUCGGGAAACGACAGUUAAGAGUCCUCUCAAAAACCCCGUCGAUUGCCUGGCGGAAUCCUGUCGCUCGCGGAGUCCCACUGCACAAAUUUCAGAAACCAAAGGCCCAAGCGGCGAACACUUUUUGGGGAAACGAAAUCGAUGCGCCCGAUUCGAAUCAAGUGAUACGAAGAGCUCAUCAAGAUGUCUACUUUUGGCCGUCACUCACCGCAUAUGAGCGCGAGUUGUUGAGAGACGCUUUUUUUCAGCUACAAAGAAGAACUUGUUUGAAAUUCGAUCAAUUGGACUACAAACCGUGGUACCAUGCCGAUCGUUGGGACUCUGAGAAACCGUACAUUUUAGUGAGAAAAAGUCAAAAAUAUGCAGCCUAUUCGGAUAACACGGUAGAGGGAACGGUUGGCCGAACGCUUUUGUACAUAUCAGAGAGCGCCUUUCUGAUGCCAUCCUACAAUCAUUCGAGGGGUGCUAUCAUGGAUCAACUUGUGCGUUUCAUGGGGCUGAAACGGGAGAUCUACCGACCUGACGCUCCUUCGUAUAUCCAACCAAUUGAAGACAUCCAGCUAACCCAUCAACCACAAUUUCAUCCCGUUCAACUCGAGUGGCCUUUCGAUCCCGAAUCGAUUACCGUCCCAUUAUGGGCUCGCGAGAAAUUUCAACUCACCGAGUACUGUCCGGCUAGAAAUAACGGAGAUAUCGGCGCCGGGCAAAGGGUCGGCCUUUUGACCAGAUGGGACACAAUCAAGCUCAACUCGAUGUACUGUUCGGCACGGGUUGUUGAGGACGCCGAUCCACAUCGAGGUCCUUGUGUGAUCCCACGACGAAAAGAUUUAGAUGAAUUCCGGCGACGAGCCUGGCUCUACAAGAGAAUGCACAAUCGACGGAGACGGCAAUUU